AUGUCCACUCGAAUAAUAGUGUUGCCUAGAUUGAAUAAGGUCAACAAUUUUAAUUUCUUCUUCAAGAAUACUAAGAAGAAGUUACACGUAAAUCAGAACUUCAUAGCCAAUCCAUUUUUGGCCCUUUAUGGUCGGAAUUCCACAGUUUCAAUAAGAGGCAGAGGUCUAAAUCCCUCAGUAUCAGCCAAUGAGACUUCUGAAUCAAAUAAAGAAACUUCAAAAAAUUCGAUACUCGAAGAUGUUGCUACAAAAGUAUUGAAUUGCCAGGAACCAGAAGCUAAGCUGUCCCAGAAAACCAAUUCCAGUCAUAUUCCAUUCAAGGUUGUUCCUAGGGAGCCUUCAAAGUCUUCUGAAGCCAAAUUUGCGACCCUUAGCACUAUCCCAAAUACAUCAACGGACCUCCGUAGCAGAAUCAAUCCUUAUAUUAAACUCACGAAGCCCAAUUUGACUGUCCUUGUUACUCUAAGUUCAAUAUGUUCUUAUGCGAUUUCACCCUAUUCAGUAUCUUUAGGAGAGUUGGCAUUUUUGACCAUAGGGACAGCUUUGUGUUCCGGUGCUGCGAAUGCUAUUAAUAUGGGUAGAGAACCUGAGUUUGAUAAGAAGAUGCCCAGAACAGUUGGGAGACCAGUCGUCCGUGGAUUGGUUUCUCCAACGCAAGCCUAUACUUUUGCUGCUGCAACAGGUACUAUUGGAUGCUCAAUGCUUUGGAUAGGAGUUAAUCCCACUGUUGCAAUUCUUGGAUUCACAAAUUUGGUAUUAUAUGCUUGGAUUUAUACAUCACUUAAGCGAAGGUCUAUUAUCAACACUUGGGUUGGUGCUAUUGUCGGUGCCAUUCCUCCCUUGAUGGGUUGGGCGGCCUCAUCGCCUCUUUCACAUCCUGGUGCUUGGUGUCUUGCUGGUUUGUUGUAUGCUUGGCAAUUUCCACAUUUCAAUGCAUUAUCUCAUAACAUUGCUGAGCAAUAUAAGCAAGCUGGGUAUGUCAUGACUGCUGCCGAAAACCCUAAAUUGAAUGCCCGAGUUGCUUUGCGCUACUCAUUUUUGAUGUUUCCAUUGUGUUUCGGAUUGACUUAUUAUGGUGUUACUGACUGGGUAUUUCCUAUUGAUUCGGCUAUUGCAAAUGGUUGGUUAGCAUACCUAGCCUUCCAAUUCUGGAGACAACAGCAAAAAAACUACUCGGGUUCAAACCCAACAGCUGAAGGUUUGGCAUUGGCAGGCACUCAUGCAAAGAAAUUGUUCUGGUGUUCGGUUUGGCAUUUACCUGCUGUAUUGAUACUAGCCAUGAUUCAUAAAAAAGGACAGUGGGACAGGUGGUUUAGAUACUUGGGUCUAAAUAGUGAUGAUGCCGUGUUGAGCUCAUGA